CAAGAGAGGAGGCAGCUCCCACUCUCCGCCACAGUUAUUUCCCCAGGACUUGACUAAAAGCUGAUCUAAGCUGAGGCUGGGCAGGAGCAAACAAGGGGUGCUGCUGGGUGCUGCUGGGUGCUGUGGAGCUGUAAAGGUUCGGGACAUAUCAGGUGCUGCGAGUAGUUGUGCUUCUCCUCCUGACGCCCCAGCACAGGGAGCCUGUAGGUUGGACCCCAGGAGCAGCCGGCUGAGCUUUCAGAUGGGAUCUGAUGUGCGGGAUAUGAAUCUGCUGCCUCCAGUCUCCAGUCUGUCCGGGAAUAGCAGCUGUAACAUGCCGGUUAGUAACAGUAGUCAGUGGGCUCCAGUCCUGGACUUCCCCCCAGGGGCUCCUUACAGCUCCUUGACCCCUCAUUCUUUUAUCAAGCAAGAACCCACCUGGAACCCAGACCCCCAUGAAGAUCAGUGUCUCAGCGCAUUUACUGUCCAUUUCUCUGGCCAGUUCACUGGGACAGCUGGAGCUUGUAGGUAUGGGCCCUUUGGGGCCCCAACACCCAGUCAGGCAACAACAGGCCAAGCAAGGAUGUUCCCCAAUGCCCCUUAUCUGUCCAACUGCCUGGAUAACCAACAGAGCAUGAGGAAUCAAGGUUACAGUGCAGUGGCAUUUGAUGGUACCCCAAGUUAUGGCCACACCCCCUCUCAUCAUACAGCACAAUUUACAAACCACUCCUUCAAGCAUGAAGACCCCAUCAGCCAACAGACCUCUCUAGGAGAGCAGCAGUAUUCUGUCCCCCCUCCAGUGUACGGCUGUCACACCCCUACUGACACUUGUACCGGGAGCCAAGCGCUUCUCCUGAGGACUCCUUAUAACAGCGAUAAUCUCUACCAAAUGGAAUGUAUGACAUGGAAUCAGAUGAAUUUGGGAUCUUCGCUAAAAAGUCACGGGACGACUUAUGAAAACGACAGUCACAGCGCGCCAAUGCUGUACAGCUGCGGGGGUCAGUACAGGAUACACACACACGGGGUCUUUAGAGGAAUUCAAGAUGUGAGGCGCGUGCCUGGAGUGACCCCGGCUAUAGUGAGAUCAACAGAAGCCAAUGAGAAGAGGCCAUUUAUGUGUGCCUACCCAGGAUGCAACAAGAGAUACUUCAAAUUGUCGCAUUUGCAGAUGCACAGCAGGAAACACACAGGGGAAAAACCAUACCAGUGUGAUUUCAAAGACUGCGAGAGGCGAUUUUCUCGCUCAGACCAACUUAAAAGGCACCAAAGGAGGCACACAGGCGUCAAACCCUUCCAAUGCAAAACCUGCCAACGAAAGUUCUCCAGGUCCGACCACCUGAAGACUCACACCAGGACUCAUACAGGUAAAACAAGUGAGAAGCCCUUUAGCUGCAGGUGGCCAAGUUGCCAGAAGAAGUUUGCCAGGUCCGAUGAACUGGUUCGUCACCACAACAUGCACCAGAGGAACAUGACCAAACUCCAGCUGGCCCUUUAGAAAAAAAAAAGGGAACGGCCAUGGGACUGGAAAAAAACUGCUACUGUAUUAUAUAUAUAUAUAUAUAAAUAGAACAUUAGUGCAAACGUUUAAAGGCAUUUUCUGCCAUUAUCCACUAAGUGGGAUUCUGUUCAUCUCUCGUUAAGAUAUGCAAAAGGAGCUAAGCAGUAACAUAAUGGAAAGCUUGGAUGUGUUCUUUGCAUAUUGAGUGUCUGUUUGGCGUCCGCUGGUCUAGUUAUUAGUGUUUCAGUUGGUUACUGCUCUAAUUGUUUAAGAAUAUGCUUGAAGCCCGCAGAUACUGUAAGAUUCUAUUUUCUACACUCUACAACUGUUAAAGCAAUGCCACACAGGGCUACUUUUAGUCCAGGAACAUGGUGCCAAGGCAUCAGAAAACACCCCCAUCGACAAGCCUUUGUUUUUGUUUAACCUAUAUAUGCUGUAUAGAUUUCAUAGCUACUAAUGGUU